GCGGGAAGGCGCGGCUGGCCGCGCCCUGUCGAAGCCAGCCGAACGAGGGCGCCCCAAACAAGUUCUGCGUUUCCCCGCCCCGGAGCGGCUGAGGGGGAGGGGCGGCCAGGCCCGGCCAGACGCCGAGAACUACAUUUCCCAUAAUCCCGUCACGGCCGCCAUUUUGGCCGGUGGGCGGUGGCAGCCUAGGGUCUAGCCCUUCAGGCCGUUGAGCAGGUUCCACUCACCCCUAACCUGGGCCUCCACCGUGGGGGUUGUGCGUCCUCGUCGAGUACGGCGUCCGGGGACCUGGCCAGCUCCCGUCCGCUUUCUCCACCCCUCCACCCUUGGGAGCCUGGUCCACGUGUCGGUCUACGCGGAGGAGGCUGCUUGCCCUUCUCUGGUCAAGGACCGGAGGACUCAGACGUCGGGGGCUCCCGAGUCUCUCCAGACCCCCACCCUGCACAUACUGCCCACUCCCCUUCAUUCCCAGAUGACCCCCGUUUUUGCGUCGAGCCCCCCUGGGGCUGCAGGCGAGGGCCCGGGUGGCGCGGACGACGAGGGCCCAGUGAGGCGCCAAGGGAAGGUCACCGUCAAGUACGACCGCAAGGAGCUACGGAAGCGCCUCAACCUGGAGGAGUGGAUCCUAGAGCAGCUCACUCGCCUCUACGACUGCCAGGAAGAGGAGAUCCCAGAGUUGGAGAUUGAUGUGGAUGAACUCCUGGACAUGGAGAGUGAUGAUACCCGGGCUGCCAGGGUCAAGGAGCUGCUGGUUGACUGUUACAAACCCACUGAGGCCUUCAUCUCUGGCCUGCUGGACAAGAUCCGGGGCAUGCAGAAGCUGAGCACACCCCAGAAGAAGUAAGGGUCCUUGACCCAGGUGAACGGUGGCUCCCACAGGACAAUCGCUGCCCCCCGACCUCGUAGCAACAGCAAUACCGGGGGGCCCUGCGGCCAGGCCUGGUGCCAUGAGCAGGGCUCUCCGUGCCCCUGGCCCAGGGGCGUCUUCCCUGCCCCCUCAGUUUUCCAUUUUUGGGGUUUUUUAUUGUUAUUAAACUGACGGGACUUUUUGUGUUUUUAUAUUGACUCUGCGGCGCGGCCCUUUAAUAAAGUUAGGAUUUGCCUUUGGUGCAGCUCA